AUGAUAAGAGAUUUAUUGAUUGACUGUAAGAAUCAAAAAUCAGGGGCAGCUACUUGCAAGGUGCUCUUAGUUUCUCAGAAGAACAGAAAAAAGCAUACCUACCAUAAUUACCAUGUGCUGGCCUUGCUUCAGACGCUGGUGACAGGUGGGACCAGCCCAGACCUUGAAGAAUAUUUGGAAGAGGGGAGUUCACUGACUAGCAAUCAUAGCAAUGCCUUGUUCUUGGGACUUAGAAAUAGAUGUAAACUGGCUCUUUUAACAUUAGUAGAUGAUCCAGAGUUAAUGGAAGGGCUGCGGCUCUUCUUCGGUGAUGUGUUCAUUAAAGCCCUUGAUAUGUAUGGAAUUCUUUGCUUAGGUAUCUAUCGCCUGAAACCUCACCCCAAUCCAUAUGAAAUCAGGAAAGUAUAGUUAAAUUGAAUUUUUUUCAUAAAGGUUUAGCUAUCUACCUGCAUACACAGCAAUAAAAUAUUGGCAUGUUCAAUAAUAUUUCAGAAACUAUAUGGAGUUUGUAUUUUGAAAAGUAGCUUUGGGGAUGCAUAAUACAAUGAAAAAUCAUCAUUAAAGGACAGGAUUGGGGAGUAGUAAUGAAGUAACGAGCUUUCUUUUGUCAUAUGAGUUUUAUUGUUCUCUGUUCAAUCCUCUUUUACACCCAUUUCAUUCAGCGCAUCUUGUACUACAAUUAUAAUUAAUAUAUGGAGUUGUCAUGCGAUGCAAUGGUGACUGCUGGCUCAAUUGGUUUCAAAAGGUAGUGAGAGAAAUUCACAGAUAGCGAGUCUUGGUGAUUUUUAGCUGUGACAGUGAGGUGGAAGACUCCAAAUGAGUGUUUCUUGCUUGGGAGAAACAGAAGGAGGAAAUUCUUGAUGCCCUGAUUGGGAUCUUUUCCUGGAGACUCUCUAGUUGGCUACUAGGGUAAAUAAAAUAUAUAUAAUAUAACAGUAUAGAUCAGGGAUGUCAAAUUCAAU